GCGGUUGCUGUGCGUUACGUAUGUAAGCGAGAUGGUGGGGAGCUAUCUCGCGCGCGACUGCUCUCAAUAAGAGCACAUCGCCGCUACAAGGUGGAGAGUCAAAAUGGUACUCUUCGCCUUGGUGUUGGCAGCGCUGGCGCUGGGACUUUUCCUGAGCCUCUUGUGGGCCGAGUACUCCAAGCCUGCCAACUUUCCGCCAGGAGUGUUCUUCGUAGAUGGAGAACUGUGGAAGGAACAACGCCGCUUUAGCCUUCGGCAUCUGCGCGAUUUCGGCUUUGGACGUCGUUCUAAACAACUGGAAGCUGAAAUAGAAGCUGAAGUGAAGGAUUUGCUUGAAAUGAUCCGCGGUGAACGAGAGGGGGAGGGCGUGGUGCGCGAGUGCCCGUCGUCGGCCGGCCGGCGGCUGCUGCUGCCCGAGGCUCUCUUCCCGGCGACCAGCAACUGCCUGCUGCCCGCGCUGUACGGCGGCCGCGCGCCGAGGGAGGCUGACGCGGCGACGCGCGCCCUGGGCCGCGCCGGGCUGGGCUUCCUGCGCUCCACCGACGCCACGGGCGGCUUCGUCACGCUGCACCCCUGGCUGGCCGCGCUCUGCCCGCGGCUCUCCGGCUACCUCGACACCGUGCACAACAGCGACCACUUCCGCUUCCGCUGCGAGCAAAUGGUUGAUGAACAUAAAAAUACAUUGUGUGACGAUGAUAUGAGAGAUUUCAUUGAUGUAUAUCUGAAAGAGAUGAUGAAAAAACAAAAGACUGAGGAACCAACAUUCUUUUCAAAUGAGCAGCUGGUGGUGACGAUGCUGGACUACAUCAUCCCCAGCACGACGUCGCUGGCAGUGGCCCUGACCUGGUACCUGAUGUGCAUAGUGCACCACCCGCGCGUCCUGCGGCGCAUACACCAGGAGCUGGACUCCGUCAUCGGUCGCGGCCGCCUGCCCUCUCUCGAUGACAGACCGAGGACGCCGUACUUUGAGGCCAGCAUACGAGAGUCGCUUAGGCUUUGUACUCUCACCCCAAUCUCAAUUCCUCAUAGAGCGACGCAGGAUACUACAUUGAAAGGGUACUUUAUUCCUGCGAAUACCAUUGUUAUAACAAAUCUGUGGAGCGUACAUAUGGAUGAAAAUCUGUGGCGUGAUCCGAGUAAUUACCGACCAGAAAGAUUUCUGGAGAGCGACGGCACGCUUACUAAGAAGGACUACACUCUGCCCUUUGGUGCAGGCAAACGGCUGUGCCCUGGAGAGACAUUUUCCCGCCAGAACUUCUACCUUUUGUGUGGAGCUCUUCUGCAGAACUUCACAAUCGAGCCAGAUGGCGUACCGCCACUGGAUUCCAACAUACCUGGCUUAGUUGAAACUCAGCCGUCCUUCUGGGCCACGUUCACUCCUCGUUGACUGAGGGGCGUAAGUUCCAUUGUUCAGGAUGUGAAAUGGAAAAUAAUGAUUGCUGACAAUCAAACUAUAUUUGCUUACCUGAUGUACCUUUCAAGUCUCAUACUGAAAGAUUAUCGAGGUACUUCUUUGCAUAUAUAGACAAUUGUUUGUAUAAUCGGGAUUCUUGUCAUAUGAUGAAAUAAAACCCAUUCAUCCUAACCAUAAAGUGUGCCAUUUGAUUGUAUCACAAACUGCAUUGUAAGGCGUAACUGAACUGAAUUGUGUAUGUUUAAGCUAAUGCAAUAAAUGACUCUUUUGAUAAA